GUUUUUCCUUUGAAUUAUUAUAUAAUUGCUUACUCCUGAAACACUAUACUCUCUUUCUGUGGAAGAAUUAAAAGAAUAAAAGUUGAAAUCUUGAAUAUAUUUAAGAUGAAUACAUUAUACUCCAAAGAAUGUUUUCUAUUCAAAUGUUAGCAUACGAUUCUCACAAUAUCUUUUUUCUGUUCUACUAAGCUGGUUUCAAACAGUAAACAACAAAAGAAAGAAAAUUGGAUUCUGUACGGAAAUUCGGACGGUUGUGUGGAAUGACUUCGCCUGCCAGCUACCUUAAAAAAUAAGGAAAAAUAAAGAAAGCAAGUACCGCAGAAAUUUCAUGAGCCACCACGUCUUGGACUAAACAACACCAGCUGCAUCAAGAACUUAACCAUCUCCGAGUUAUUUAUUUAUUUUUUUCCCCAAAGAAAGUAAAUUGAAAACCUUUCUUUUAUCAAGUAUAUUAAAAGGGACAUUUCAAGUGUAAAUGAACUUGACUUCUUGUGAUGCUCUUUCAGUAGGCAUUAUUUUUUUGUUCCUUUUUGGCAGCCACUUUUUGUCCGUAGGAUUUUUAGUAGUAACUUCUGCUGUCCAUUGCAGGUCACGAACUGCUGUGGCUCCAUUGGAACGAUUAAAAAUUUUGCUACAGGUCCAAAAUCCGCAUAAUAUAAAAUACAAUGGUACUGUUCAAGGCCUAAAGUAUAUUUGGAGAACUGAAGGCUUUAGAGGCUUAUUUAAAGGCAAUGGCACCAAUUGUGCUCGAAUUGUCCCAAAUUCAGCAGUCAAGUUCUUCAGCUAUGAGCAAGCCUCCAAGUCAUUUUAUGUUGCGACAGGGGUAUAUUAUAUCUGUACCAGCAGCAAACUGGCAAUGGUAAGUCUUUACUAGUGUAUGUACACUAUAAAAUUUGCACCGCUAUUAAUUUGUCUUAGCAAAGAUUACUUUCUGUAUAUUUUGAGUGUCUGUGGGACAAACUGUUUAUUCAAUUUUUCUUGCUCUGAUUGCCAAAUCAUUCACCCCAAUUUAUGAUCAAUGAUUCUGCGCUUUCCAUGUAUCAUGUUCAUACACUGAUCUAAGUUGAAAGCAAAGUCAUGAAAAUCAUUGGAAAAUGUACUUACUGUAUGGGAACUUGUAGACAAUCAAUAGCAGUACAUGCAUUAAUUUUAUGUCAUUCUCUUGCAUGGCUAAAUGCAUGGAAUACUGAUAUCAGCAUUUUUGGGUCAAGCCCAUUGGUUACCAAUUUCAUAUUCAGUGUUUUCUUGGUGCAAAGAUGGAUCGUUAAUUGGGCUUUUCCCCUCUUUAUCUUAUAUGUUACUUCUACUAUCUGAUGUUUUUAAUCCAUAAG